GUAGGACCUGUUUUCCCUUAUUAUUUCUCUGCUCUCUAGCUAGCUUCAUUUCUUCCGUCCCACCGCCCCUGCCCGCUUAGCACUGUGCCGCACGGCGGCAGAGGAUCUCAAUCUUCCCCACUUCUCCCCAUCUUCUUUAUUCGCCGCAUAACAUAGAAGAAUUAUAACUACGUAUUAUGGAAACAGCUCUCUUCUCACCAUCUUCUCUAUUCGCCGACUCCGACGACAACUCUGCUGAUGAGGAGAUAACAGAUUCUCAAAACCAAAACUUCGUAGAGAGGAGCCACCAGUUUCCUGGGAUGGUAUUGCUUGUUCGAGAGUUUUGUUUCCACGUGUUGAAUGCAAAUUUACUUUGGCCUGGGACGUUUGCAUUUGCAGAGUGGCUAGUUGAACAUAGAUCCUGGCUGGAAGGUCAGAGGAUACUUGAGUUAGGCAGCGGAACUGGUGCAUUGGCUAUCUUUAUACACAAAUCAUUGAAGCUUGAUAUCACGACAUCAGAUUAUGAUGACAAAUCUAUCGAGGAGAAUAUAUCCCAUAACUUCCAAGCCAACGGAAUUUCACCUGCCCAUCCUCAUUUAAACCAUACAUGGGGAGAUGCCUUUCCGAUUCCCAACCCACACUGGGACCUUAUAAUUGCAAGUGAUAUCCUGCUGUAUGUUAAACAGUAUCCAAAUUUGAUCAAAACACUGUCAUAUCUGCUGAAAACGUAUACACCUGAAGUUAUUGACUCUGAUUCUACAGGUUAUGAACAACAUGAUGUGUUGCCUGCAUUGCCCAGACC